AUGAAUAGUGGAAAUAUAAUGAAGGUCUUGGCCGGCGCUGGCGCUGGCGCAUUCAUAUACUGGAUCAUUCAUGCGACUAAUCAGGAGGAGGAACAAUACCGCGAGUUAUCGCAACAGCCUGGCUCACUUCAACAGAACAAACAACGAUCAAAGUUGAGAGACUCGACUACAGACUUAUCGGUCGCCGGCAAUCUCCUGGUCGACUUGCUACAGAAUACACAUAUCGAGUAUAUCUUGGGACAUGAUACACAUCAUGUCAUUACGAUUGACAGCACUGCCACAUUGGACUAUGCACUCAUGCGAAUGAAUGAGUCGAAUGUUGUAUCACUACCAAUCGUCGACCUUCAAAACAAGCGCUACAUUGGCAUGUUGAACAUCGUCGAUGUAUGUUCAUACCUUGGCGCGCACGUCCCAUCCGAGGUUGCGCCCAACACCUCUGUCGCCGAAGUCCUAAAGUAUAACCGUGAGCCAUUCUUGCCACUGUAUGUCAACUCGCCAAUCCAAUUGUUGAUUCACAUCAUGACACAGAGAGUACCACAGGUGGCCAUCAUGUCCAAUGAGACCAUCGUGGUGGACAUUGUGUCUAGAUUAAAUGUGAUCAAGUUCAUCUAUGAGAAUAUGGAGGCCCUGGGGAACAGGUCCAACAACUCAAUCACCUCACUCAACUUGCUAUCCAAGUCUGUGUGCACGAUUGACUCGUCCUCUCUUGUAAUUGACGCCAUCAACAAACUUAACAACGAGGGUGUAUCCGAGUUGGCCAUCGUCAACCAAGAUGGCGCACUAAUUGGAUGCUUCAGUGCAGCUGACCUUAGAAAACUGUCAAUAUACACUUUCAACCGAUGCUAUGAGCCAGUGUCCAAGUUUAUCAAGUUACAAGAUGUUUCAGACGAGACACAACUCAACUUGAUCAGUCCAUCAUCUACACUGCGAUCAACAAUCAGGAAGUUUGUGGAGAAUGAUGCUCCAAUACUCUGGAUCGUCGACUCCCAAAUGAAGCCAGUUUCAUCCGUCACUCAAUUAAGUCUUAUGAAGUUCUUCCUCAAUCUCUCAACCUCUGUCUUUGCAGAGUAA